UGGUUCAAGUACUUCCUACUCCGUGGAAACAACGUUUGGGAUUGAGUCGAGGAUCCUCCUGCCAGUAAACUCCACCUUGGUGUGUAUUAUUUUACACUGUGGCAGCUCCUAUCAGGCAUGAAUAGACUUGGGUGGGUGUUUCGCGCAUGUGCAGUGCGCUCUAUCCUCCGAUCAGUGCGGCAGGAAAAGCGCAGAGGAGACGCCGCGGAGACAGAGGGGGAAGAGGAGGAAAACAGUUAGAAAAGAAAAGGGAGGACAACAUGGACACAGGCAGGCUCUCCGGGUCAUGCGUGGAGCUGUCCUCCGGUGUUGGGCUGUAGCCUUCCUCCGCCGCCGCACAGCUGCUCCGUCGCGUCGGACAACCGGAGGAUAAUAAUGUCAGGGAAUGGAGGAAAUCUUCAGAAAUCCUGCUCGUAAACGGCGCCGUGCUGUCAGGGUUUGAGGAUAAUACUGAAACACAAGGACACAAAACUGAGGAUGGUGCUCAUGUAACCGAGGAGCGCCCUUUGGAACUCGUCGUGCUCUCCAACAUCAGGCCACGCUCAAAGUUUUUUUUUUUCUUUUUUCUUUUUUUCUCCCCCCUUUUUUUUUUUUCCAGGAGAAGGGGAAAUUUUUUGCUGCAUUGAAUUCCUCUGGACGGGAUGUCAUCCGCAGUCGGGAGGAAUUCUUCUGGCUGACUCCGCUCGUCCAGCUGCAGUGUAGCGGGAUCCCGACAGAGAAAAGAUGGGAGAUGCGCCAGAUGACAGAGACAUGAGACGGACCUUCAUCGUCCCUGCCAUCAAGAGCUUCGAUCACUAUGACUUUACCAGGGCCAAGAUAUCAUGCAGCCUGACGUGGCUGGUGGCCAAAGCUUUCGGCUCGGAUGCGGUACCAGAGGAGCUGGCUGAGCCCUUCUACAGGGACCAGUACAACCAGGAGCACCUGAAGCCUCCGGUGGCCUGCCUUCUCCAGUCUGCAGAGCUCUACUGCCGGGCGGGGAGCCUGAUCCUCCGCAGUGAUGCCGUCAAACCUUUACUGGGGCACAACGCUGUCAUCCAGGCCCUGGCCCAGAAAGGCCUGUACGUCACCGACCAGGACCGACUGGUCACAGAGAGAGACCUGACCAGCACACCUAUACACAUGAGUUCCCAUCUGGCGCUCAUAGACACUCUGAUGAUGGCAUACACAGUGGAGAUGGUGAGUGUGGAGAGGGUGAUGUCCUGCAUUAACAGAUACUCCUCCGUUGAACCCUCACACAGUGAUGGACACAUCCAGGAGCUGCCUUAUGACACAGAGGAUGCAAUCACCACCUGGAUCAACAAGGUGAAUAAACACCUAAGGGACAUCCUCGUGGAGGAGCAGAAGCUGAGAGAAACUUCCUUCCAGGAUUCAAACACAGCAACACACAAAGCUCGCUACAGGAGGGAGCAUGCCCAGCAGAGGAGCGCUCCAUCACUCCCCCUGGUGGAGAACCUGCUGAAGGACAACACAGACGGCUGCGCCCUGACAGCCCUGCUGCACUUCUACUGCCCACAGGCCGUCAGACUGGAAGAUGUCUGCCUCAAGGAGACCAUGUCACUGGCUGACAGUCUGUACAACCUCCAGCUGGUGCAGGAGUUCUGCAAGAACAACCUCAACCACUGCUGCCACUUCAGCCUGGAGGACAUGCUCUACACACAUGCAUCCAUAAAGAGUAAUUAUCUGGUGUUUAUGGCUGAGCUCUUCUGGUGGUUUGAAGUGGUUAAACCCUCAUUUGUACAGCCCCGAGUCUUCGACCCAAAUGCCUGUGAGCCGUUGUCUUCUAGAAAUAUGGCUCCUGUAUCCAGUCCAGUCAAACAGAGCUAUGCAGACAGACCUGACAGCCCAGAGAACACCCCUGUUGAGGGAGUAAUGAAGAGAUCUACCUCCAUGUCCUACGUGGAUGGCUGUGUUGGGACAUGGCCCAAAGAAAAACGCUCCUCCUCUCGGGGAAUCUCCUUUGAGAUUCCUCUGGACGGAGACCCAACUGUGCCACCCUGUGAAGCUCACUCCCUCAGAGGUAUGACCCGCUCGGCCAGCAGUGACGGUCUUGGGUUCAAAGUUCACUAUGCAUCCCGGGGAGGCAUGAAGCGCCACCUCUCCCUCAUGCCUGUCAAUGUAAAUGGCCAGAGCAGACACAUACUAGAGGAGGAUGAGGACUUCACCUCCCACAAACCCCUGGGGCGAAACAUCACAUUGUCAGUCAAGAACCAAAGCAGGUACUCCAAUGGAGUCCUCCAAGACGGCAACCACAGCUCCAACAAUCACCAUGGAAACCACAGUGGCCACAUCAGCCCAUCAACGCCUCCGAGCAUUGAGGAGGCCCUGAAGAUUAUCCAUGACACCGAAAGGCCCCACGCUAGCCUGGGCGUGGAGGAUGGAGACAAUGCCUUCUUUCUCCACGGUGCGGCGCCUUCGGACCCUCCAGGAGCCCAAGGUCAAGGAGAUGACCUGGGUUCAGCAAAGGCUCAGCUGAAUGACCACGACCCCAACUCUAUGUCCACUGAUGAAGUUGACACGGGCAUCCAUGUGAGGACAGAGGACAUCCAGAGCUUGGAUGAGGACUCCUCCUCACUGAGAGACUAUUCAGAUAUAGACCCAGACUGUGAGGCCAUGACCAGGUCGUGCCCUCUGCCUGAGCAGCCGGAGAGGGAGAGAAACAGGGAAGGAGGGCGGAAAGGGUUUGGUGACACUAAUCCUGGGGGUGACAGGGGAGAUGGAGGUGACAGGAGCAGCCCCUGUUCCAGCUUAGCACCCACACUCCCCAGAUCUCACAGCGUCAGCCCUGCCUCGUCCUCUGGUGGCUCUGGAGGAGGCAUGGUGCGGAUGACGAGCUUUGCUGAGCAGAAGUUCAGGAAGUUGGAGGGGAGGAGUAGUGGAGGAACCACGCCAGAGAGUUCAGAUCUCAAUGUACCAUAUACAAACUUGAGUAAAAACAUUUCUCCUCAGAUCUCUACACCUCCUUUGCCGAUCACAUCUCCCUCCCCAGUAACACCUUCCCCCAGAGACCCCUCCAACCUCAUAGCCUCAGAGAUGAUCCAACUGAGGAUGAAGCUGGAAGAGAAACGCAGAGCCAUUGAAGCCCAGAAGAAGAAGGUGGAAGCAGCUUUUACUCGCCAUCGCCAGAGGAUGGGCAGAACGGCCUUUCUAAAUGUUGUGAGAAGGAAAGGAGUCACCGCCCCCCUCAGCCCGAGCUCAGGGGGAGCACAAACACCUUCCCCAGAGCCACUCACAUCCUCAAAGGAAAGCAGCAUGUGCAACAUGGAGCGGGCAGAGAGGUGCAAACCAGAUGGAGCAGCUCCGAAAUCCCCCUGUGAAGAUGGUGGAGGUGUUGGUCCAGGAGAAAUUGACGUUGCAGAAUACACACGCUCCAUUGAGAGACUGAACACGUCACUGGGCUUCCUGCAGACAGAAAUGCAGCGUUUGGCCCAGCAGCAGGAGAAGAUCAUGGCCAUGAGAGAGCAACAACAAACCUGGGUCAUUCCUCCUCCUGCUCCAUCUCCGCACAGGCAGCUCCGUGAGUUGCGUAGCAGUAGUGUGACAGGCCGAGGCUCGGUCGGGUCUUUGUCUCCCAUCCUGUCUUCUUCCGGGUCUCCCCGCGCUCCCAAUCGUUCCCCAGCUGGCAUCAAGCGGCGGCCAGCCUCCUUCCAUGCCAGGACGCCUCGGACUCCACGACCAAAUGAUCUGAAAGUCACCCCCUUCCGCCGAAUGCUCAACACCCCCACUUCAGUGGACAGCUUACCAAGACUGAGGCGUUUCACCCCCAGCCAAACCCAGCUCAGCUCUUCUGCCUACUUGGGCCAUGAUGAGGGGUCUCGGGAAAGCAAGAACCAAGAGGCCAAGGACAACAGAGAAAACACCAAAGACAAAGAAGAGAAAGUGGCAAAGAAGAGUGCUGGCACUCCUCAGCCUCCGACUAAAGCAGCCAAAGAGAAGGAAGAUGAGCGACAGGAGGAGAGGAGAGAGGCAGAGCAGGCUCAGUCGAAGGGUGAAGUCAAACAAUCGAGGACAUCAGAGGUGUUGUGUCAGCCGGUGUCUGAGAUCCAAGGGGCCGCAGGCAGCCGGGUCAAAGGAGACCCACAGGACAGGAGAGACCUGGUAGAGGUGCCUCUGUCUGGGCUGAAGCCUCCAGAAGGCCACAGUCGGGAGAUGACAGGAGAAGGAGAAGCCGGAGGAGAUGACCAAAAGAUGUGCUGUGGAUUCUUCUUCAAGGAUGAUGCGAAAGGGGAAGAGGACAUGGCAGCAAAGAAAGCAGCACUUCUGGAGAAGAGGCUGAGGAGGGAGAAGGAGGCUCAGGAGAAGAAGCAUCAGCAGGAGCUGGACCUGGAGCAGAAGAGGGAGUCUGCACGGCUGAAAGCAGAGGAGGAGCAGCAAAAGAAGGAUGAAGAGAAGGCCAGGAGGGAAUACAUCAGGAAUGAGUAUUUGAGGAGAAAGCAGCUCAAACUGAUGGAGGACAUGGACGAAGUAAUCAAGCCUCGAUCUGGAAGUCUCAAGAAGAAGCCACGUCCCAAGUCCAUCCACAGGGAUGUCAUGGAGUCAUCUACUCCCCCUGUGAGAGCAACAGGGGUGCGUCCUCGAGGCUUCUCAGUAUCUAGUUUUUCUUUGGCAUCUCUCAAUCUGGCUGACAACGAUAGAGACCAGCCAGAUAACAGGAAGAACAGCAGAGGCAAUAAAAUAGCUUCUGCACAUAUCCCGUUCUUUCUAAGCUCGCCCAAAGAAAGAAAGGGAAGGCCAGAGUCUGCAGAAGGUUUUUCUUCUUGUCCUUCGGCUGGGAGUCGUAAUGGAGAAAAGGAUUGGGAAAAUGAUUCUACCACCUCCUCCACUCCCUCCAACAAUGAGUACACAGGACCCAAACUUUACAAGGAGCCCAGUGCCAAGUCCAACAAACACAUCAUCCAGAAUGCCCUGGCUCACUGCUGCCUGGCUGGCAAGGUCAACGAAGGGCAGAAAAACAAGAUACUUGAUGAAAUGGAGAAAUCCGAAGCCAAUAACUUCCUGGUGUUGUUCCGUGACGCUGGAUGCCAGUUCAGGUCUGUGUACACCUACUGCCCCGAGACCGAAGAGAUCACCAAACUAGCCGGCAUCGGGCCCAGGAGCAUCACGGCCAAGAUGAUUGAGGGCCUCUACAAGUACAACUCAGACAGGAAGCAGUUCAGCCAGAUCCCAGCCAAAACCAUGUCUGCCAGUGUGGACGCCAUCACCAUCGCCAGCCAUCUGUGGCAGACCAAGAAGCAGGGGACGCCCAAAAAACUGCACCCUAAGUAGUGCCAGAUGGUUGGGCAACACAGAAGAAUUUGUGGAUUUUACUUUUUCAUUAAAGGGACAUGUGGUCCCACUGUUAUAAAUCACAACUGGAAUGUAGAACACAAGUGGGCCUCUCAGACGUUGUUGUUACAAUACAGAGCUGACUGUUACACUCUGGACUACUUAAAAGGGGCACAAGUGUGUACUUGUCAGCAUGUGUAUCAAUGUUCUUGUGUGCCAAAAAAAAGAGAAGAAAAUAAUAGGCGGACCAAUGCCUUACCUAGUUGAACCACUGAAGCACUGAAUGUCACGCCUCUGAAAGAGGCAGUUUGGUUUCUAUAAGUUGAUCAUGUGUGGCCUUAUGCUUGUUUUGUGUCAUAUGGGUGCGCUGUGAGUGUUGGUGUCAUUUUGUCAGCGCCUGUUGAAAAAGUCUGUGUUGGUACCGGAGAGGUUGUGCGUACACACAGAUCUGGGAUCAGAUUACGCCCCCUCCAUGGUCGUUAAAAGGGUGGCCUGUCUGAUCUGCGAUCAGGUAGAGGCAGCAUUUUUUGCUGCUAUACAGGCAUGUGUUUUUUUUUUUUUUUUUUUACAUGUGAACUGAAAAACUUCUGAACAGUUCAAAAUUGUGUAUGUGUGUGCAUAGUGAAGUGCCAAGAAGAGUGAGGAAAAUACCUCAGUUGGCGAUUGCACUUACUUUACAAAAGUGUCAAGUGAUGAGAUUAUUGUGCAAACGGAGUAACAUCAAACAAUUAUGGAAAGCACCUGCAAUAGACUCUUAAUUUAUUAUUGAAGAUAUUUUAAAGAGGCAUCUUAGAUUUUAUUCAGAGAAACAUAAUAUACAAUACGUAUAUAAGUUAAAUUAGUUUGUAUAUAAUGGCAGUUCCAUUCAAAAUGAACAAGUCAGCUUGUAGUAGCUUUUCAGUAGCUUUUAUAAUUUAUCAUGUACCUGUAUUAGUCUGUUGUCAUUUGGGGCCUUUUAUUGUGCUACAAAUGCAAAAAGUGUGAUCACUCAACAGUAUUACUGAUAAAACUAUCAUCAGUAUUAGAAUAGACGGAAAUCCCACACUGUGUCAUCAGUCUGUGCAAUGAUCUAAGAGUAAUUUAACUAAUCACCACUGACCGUGUUGAAGUUGGAACUAAAUACUAGAUACUCCAAAUGUCACUUUAAUGUGGAUAUUGUCUUAACCAUUAGGUCUCAAUUACCCUCAAAGUAGUCCACAAUUGUACAUAAAUGAAUUCACUUACGAUAGCACAUCAAGACCCUGUCCACUGUCGUUAAGUCUAAUCAAAGAUGUUCCCUCUUCAGGACUGUCCCGCUUGUUACUUUACUUUUACAUUACUGUUACAUUUGUUAUCAUAUGUUCCUUUAAUAUUAGUUGACACUGUACAGAUAUAUUUUGGCAUAUAGAAGUAUUUUUUGUAGCGACCUUUACCUGGUAGAGGUGCGUACUGAUGAAGCAGUGCAGUUGUGGAAUGAAGUGUGUUGAGAGCAAAGUGUAGCCAAGGAGGCAAUGUAUAUAAAGUCUUAAUGAGGCUUUAUUGUGGUAUUGUAUGAAAUCCAGUAAGUAAACUGAGAAAAUCAUACUAUUUUUUCCAACUCUGAAUCCAUUUUCUUUUUAGUUAACUAAAUAUUCUCAACUGUUCAUGGAUUUUUGUUGUUUUUUUAUCCUUUGAGCUUUAUUAAAAU